AUGCCUGGAGCACUGGCGAAGCGUGACUGCGCUUGCCUGCCGGCCACCCCCGGCUGCUGGCGGCAACAGCGGGGGCGGAGAGGGGUGGCGGCGGCGGCGGCGGUGGCGGAGGCGCUAUUGAUCCGGCGCGGGGGCCAGGGCCGCGCCUCGCCCGACUUCGGGCAGCUCCGCCGGCGUUCGCGUGGCGUCGGGCGGCCGACCGGCGGCGGCGGCGACCGAGGGGCGGCGCGCGAGUCGUGGGCGGCGGCAGAGGGGUGGGGUGGGGGGAGGGACGGAGGGGUGGAGGCGCCGGGAGGGGCGCAGCGGCCCGAUGCACAGGUGAGGCCGGAGCUGAAGGCGGCCAGCGGUCCGGCGCGUGAAGAAUGCAGGUCUGGGGCGCGCGGGCCGGCCACACCCCGUGGCGGCCGCCGUAUCGACCACCGGCGUGCCCACCCCCGUCCACCCCCACCUCCAACUCCACUGCCACCCCCACCAGUGGCGAUCGGCGUGCCGGGCCGGGCCGACUGCGACUGCAGCGUCAAGUUGCUGCCCCGCUGUCGGUCUGGCGUGCUGAGCUGA